AUGGCACCACAACCCAAAGUCCUCUUCGUGCUCACAUCCCACGACAAGAUGGGAGAUACUGGAAAGCCGACAGGAUGGUAUCUAGUUCGUCUCGCCUCCAAUCAUCUCAAUGAAUGACAGAAAGCUAAUCAACUAACCAUCCAGCCCGAAUUCGCACACCCCUACGAGAUCCUCGCACCACACGUCUCAAUCACCGUCGCUUCUCCUAAGGGGGGCGCAGCCCCUCUCGAUCCCGCCUCAGUGGACGCCUCCAAAGUCGAUCCCAUCAGCGUGAACUUCUUGAAAGAGCGAGAGAGCCUGUGGAAGCAGACCAACAAGCUAUCUAGUUUCCUCGGGAGAGCAGGGGACUUUGAUGCGAUCUUCUUUGUUGGUGGUCAUGGACGUGAGUUUCUUUUGUUCCCCACAGUAGUAUGAGAUAUGGGAGUAGAAAGCUGAUAUAACAUAGCAAUGUUCGACCUAUCAACUGAUGAAACCUCACACAAACUAAUUAACGAAUUCUACACGCACAACAAACUCAUCACCGCCGUCUGCCACGGCCAGGCAGCACUCAUCAACGUCAAGGUUCCCGGGGGAGGUUUCCUUCUCGAUGGGCAGAGCGUGACGGGAUUCUCCAAUACUGAAGAAGAGGCCGUGGGGUUGACGAAAGCCGUCCCCUUCAGCCUGGAGGACAAGCUGAAUGAGGCCACUGGAGGGAAAUAUGAGAAAGCUGCUUCGGACUGGGGUGCGAAUGUUGUUGUUUCGCGGGGUGGGAAGUUGAUGACAGGUCAGAAUCCCGCUAGUGCUGGACCGCUUGGGGAGGCUAUUAAGAAGGCUCUUGUUGUAUAGAAGUUUGUAUCAAAGGGUUCAUUGAUACCAGCCAGUCUAAAAUAUAAGAAUAAUAUCCAAUAUGG